AUGGCCACAAUGAAUAUAAAAUCAGUGACAGCUAAAGGUACUGUUGUACCAGCCAAAACAUUUAACCCUGAAUCUGAUUGUGAAAUUUUAAAAAAAGCCAUGAAAGGUUUCGGUACCGAUGAGAAAGCCAUCAUUGAUAUACUAGCCAAUCGAUCUAAUGCUCAGCGCUUGAAAAUCUCUUCCAUGUAUAAAACUAUGUUUGGACAGGAUCUUAUAGGAAAACUCAAGUCUGAACUAUCUGGUAACUUUGAGAAAGCUAUCUUAGCACUAAUGAAUCCCCCAGCUGUACAAGAUGCGAAGUGGUUACGUGCAGCAAUGAAAGGGUUAGGCACAGACGAAGAGAUACUUAUUGAAAUCUUAUGCACUCGUACUAAUGCGCGUACUUUUAUGUUCACCAUUUCUAUAGACAUAAAUAGGGAUCUUGAAAAGGAUUGCGUGAGCGAAACAAGUGGGUACUUUAAGAGGUUGUUGGUCUCAAUGUGUCAAGCUAAUAGAUCUGAAGCCACUUCCGUUGACAUGGCAAGUGCUAAAAAGGAUGCUGCGGAUUUGUUUCAGGCUGGUGAAAAAAGAUGGGGAACUGAUGAAUCUCGUUUUAAUGUAAUCUUAUCUUCACGAAGUUUUCCGCAGUUGAGAGCAGUCUUUGAUGAAUAUACUAAGAUUUCACAGCGAGAUAUCUUAAACUCUAUAGACCGAGAGAUGUCCGGUGAUCUAAAACGAGGAUUUAAAACUAUAGUAAAGUGUGCACGUAAUGCACCUAAAUUCUUUGCCGACCGGCUACAUCAUGCAAUGAAAGGUGUCGGCUCAGAUGAUGAUACAUUAAUUAGGAUCAUUAUGUCAAGAAGCGAGAUUGACCUUGCUAGUAUCAAAGCAGAGUAUCGGAAUGCUCAUCACAAAAGUCUUGGUAAAGCAAUUGAAGGGGAAACUAAUGGUGAUUUUAAACGAAUACUCCUAGCAAUUGUUAAAAUGGACUAA